AAAAGGGGGAGUGCGUGGGAUCGGUGGAAACGCAUACUGACAGACUCGGAGAAAAGAGAGAGAAGACUUGGCGAUUGGGAAUUUUUGCUACACAGCGGCAGAGGUGACACGCAACGCAACGCAACGCCCGCCCUCCGCCGGCUCUGGUUAGCCGCAUAGUCCAUUCACCUGCUAACGUACGCCAUCGCUUUUGGACUGACGACGAAGCAAAACAAUGGAGGCUCUGCGGACGCCACCUGUCCGUUAUGUUUUGUGAACGAGCAUCGAUUCUCCUCGGCUGGUUCGCCGAUCCGAUCGCCAAAACCCUAGCUUUCUCUCUCUCGCCUUUCCCCAUUUGUUGAGAGAGUGGGCGAUGAUCGAUUUCGAUUCUUAGAGAGAGAAACAGAUAGGGAGUUUUAGAGAGAGAGAGAGAGAGCAUUAUAGGAAGAUCGGAAAAUGCAGAGACGGAGUCCUCCGAGGCACAGACACGAUGGGACUUCGCCGCUGCCGCUUGGGAUGGAUUGGAGUCCUCCUCCUCGGAAAUGGAAUGGACGGGACACAGUUUGGCCACAUGAUCCUCGCACAGGAUGGAGUUAUUGUGUCACUAUUCCUUCGUGGGUUGUCCUUCCAAAGUCAAGAAAUUCAGAUCCCGUAGUGUUCUACAGGGUUGAGGUUGGUGUACAAUCACCAGAAGGUAUUACAACUACACAUGGAGUGUUAAGAAGAUUUAAUGAUUUUCUGAAGUUAUUUAGUGAUCUUAAAAAGGCAUUUCCCAAGAAAAAUCUCCCACCAACUCCACCCAAGGGACUUUUGCGGAUGAAGAGCCGGGAACUGUUGGAAGAGAGAAGGUGUUCGUUGGAGGCUUGGAUGACAAAGCUGCUAUCGGAUAUUGAUAUAUCAAGAAGCAUUGCAGUGGCGUCCUUUCUUGAACUAGAGUCUGCAGCUAGGUCUUCAUUCCAAGAUGCAAGCCAAAACACUUCAGACGCGAGUUCGCUUCAAUCACCUUCCUAUUCUAUCUUACCUGCCAUUGUAGGGAGUUCAUCAAUCACACCAGAUUAUGGAAGUGAUACUGCUUAUGAGACAUCUGAGCUAGGAACACCAAGGCUAGGAAGGAAUGACAGUUCUGACAUUGGUCUCGAAGAUCUGGUAUUGGAUGAAGAUUUAACGAGCCCAAUAGAAAAGCUUGUGAAGUAUGGCAUGACCAAUAUUGAUGAGGGACUAUUCAUGGGACAAACAAUACUAGAGGAGUUGGAAGGCCUUCCUAAGCAUAAAGUGAAUGCUAGACAUGUCAAUAAUGUUGUAGGGAAGGAUACAUAUAAUGGAAAUGCUUCUAAAUCUUCAAUUCUACCUCGUAAUGGAAUGGAACUUUUCUCUGAGCCAGAGCGUAGUAAAGUAUUCAACCAUGCUCGCAAGCUCUCAAAUGAAAGUGUGGGAAGUGAUGCCAGUUCUCUAAGAGGUAGUGAAAUGUCCAACCCUGGUGUUCCAAACUCAUCUGGUGAUGGUUCUCUUGACCAUCUUGGAGGUGCUGAGGUUUCAAGCAUUAUGGAAAUGCUGGGCAACACAGAGUUACAACCUUCAGGUGGCACUCAAAUAGUUCUCCCAUUAGAUCAGCGAAACAAAUUGAACAGGGUUCUCUUGACCAUGCAGCGAAGACUAGUCACAGCAAAAACAGACAUGGAAGAUCUAAUAUCUAGACUCAAUCAAGAAAUAGCAGUGAAAGAUUACCUUGCAACAAAGGUCAAGGAUUUGGAAGUUGAACUUGAAACUACUAGACAGAAGAGUAAAGAGAACCUGCAGCAAGCUAUUUUAACUGAGAGGGAAAGGUUUACCAAAAUGCAGUGGGAUAUGGAGGAACUCCGGCGGAAGUCAUUGGAGAUGGAGUUGAAGUUGAAGUCGGAACAGGACAAGAAGUCAUGUGCAGAGUCAACAAAAGAUUCAUCUGGUCGAGAGAAAGAGAUAUUGCCGCAGGAGUUGGAUCCUUACAAGGAGCAGCUUGAGAAUUUGUCAAAGCGAUGAGAGCUAGAAGCAAAAUCUAAAGCAGAUAUUAAAGUUCUUGUUAAAGAAGUUAAAUCCUUGCGCAAUUCUCAAGCAGGACUGAAGCAUGAACUAAGUAAAUCACUGACGGAGAAAUCUGAAGCUGAGAAGCUCCGCCAACAGGAAAAACAAAUGAGCAAGCUUGCAGAAACUGAGAAAAAAUUGUUGCAUGAAUGCAAAGUUCUUCAUCAGCAACUUCAAGAAUGCAAUAUCAAUUUUCCUGUUGAUGAUUCUUCAAUUCUACCAGAGGCUUCAGAAUUGUUGGAUGCUUCAGACAACCGUAUCAGUCUCUUACUUUCAGAGGCACAACUCUUAGCUCAAGACGGUGUAGCUACUAGUGAAGUUGACAACCUCGAUGAUGAUACGAGGACAACAGACAAUGAGUUAAGGAAGAUUCUGGCAGAAAUUUUUUCAGAAAAUGCUAGAUUACGGAAACAGGUGAACUGUCUCAUACGUCGUGCUCACAAAACGGAUGUCCAAUCUAUGAAAGACGAGGUCCUUGAAGACGAACUUCACUGACGAGUAAGUAGGAAGGUGUCAGGAUGAAUAUUGUAAAUUUUGUCCUUCUUCAAAAGAAAGAAAAAAAAGGAAUAAUUUGGCCACUCGCAUCGUCUCUUGUUUCAUGUAUUUCUUGCUACACGACACUUCAAGCUUGUGGUUACACAUAUACGAGUCUCAAGAAAGUUUGUGCAAUCUCUGGUUUAUCAGAAUGUUGUAUUCUUUUUUUCUGCGAUGGCACCAAUAAACGAAAGAGAUGAAUGGAAAUUAUUAGUGACAAA